AAACAGAAGUCAAACGUUAAAUAAGUAAGAUAGAAAAAUAAUUGCUCACAAUGGCGAAAGCUGGAAACCCUUUCAACAUUAUACGCAAUAUCUAUCACAAUGAAUUCCAGUGGAUGUUGGUGAAGAGCUUUGGCAUGUUUUUCCUUGGGGUGCGAAUCGCCAAGGAAUUCGUUGGCGUCGAACUGAUGCCAGCUGUGAUGCCUGCCUAAGGCAAGCAUAACUAAAUUCGCUAUGUACAAAAAAAAAACCAUGGAGCAGUUAACUAAUUAUAAUUAAAAACAA